CUGCCUGAAAGCAGCAGCACAGCGUGGGUGUCUGCCUGUCACCCGUGUCAACAGUAGAGGGAAGAAGAAGAGACGUAGAGGAGGAAACCAGAAAAUAACGCUGCAGCAGACAUGGACUUGCGGUCUGAGCUGCUUAAAUCCAUCUGGUAUGGUUUCACAGCCCUGGAUCUGGAGAAGAGCGGGAAAGUGUCCAAGUCUCAGCUGAAGGUAUUGUCUCACAACCUGUGCACAGUCUUGUGUAUCCCACAUGACCCCGUGGCUUUGGAGGAGCACUUCAGGGAUGACGAUGAUGGCCCAGUUUCCAGUCAGGGUUAUAUGCCUUACCUCAAUAAAUACAUCCUGGAUAAGGUUGUGGAAGGUUCUUUUAUUAAGGAAAACGUAGACGAGCUCUGCUGGACUCUUACUGCGAAGAAAAACUACCAGCCAGACCGAAGCAGCAGCACCAUUUUACCAGACAAAGAUGCUUUUCGUCUCUGGUGCCUUUUUAAUUUUCUCUCUGAGGACAAGUACCCUUUGGUUAUGGUUCCCGACGAGGUGGAGUACCUCCUCAAGAAAAUAUGUAUGGCUAUGAGUAUUGAGUUCAACUGUGUCGAGUUAGAGGACUUUUUCUCUCAAGACUCAGUGCAGCAGAGUGGAAUUACUGUUUGGAUGUUUCUAGAGAUGAUGAACUCCGGGAAGGUAACCAGAGGAAUUGAUGCGAGCAUCAUCAGCAUGGCUAUAGAGGAAGUGUACAGGGAAAUAGUUGGUGACGUCCUCAAAGAGGGUUAUCUAUGGAAAAAAGGCCAGCUGAGGAGAAACUGGAAGGAACGGUGGUUCACCUUAAAGCCGAGCAACCUGUCCUACUACACUGGAGAGGACCGCAAGGACUGCCAAGGCAAUAUAGCCCUGGAUGAGAACUGCUGCGUGGAGGUGCUGCCAGAUCGAGAUGGGAAGAGAUGCAUGUUUUGUCUUAAAACCCUCUCCAAGACGUAUGAAAUGAGUGCGUCAGACACCAAACAGCGACAGGAGUGGACUACAGCUAUUCAAACGGCAAUCAGGCUGCAUGUGGAGGGGAAGAAAUCCCUCCACAAAGAUCUGAAGCUUAAGCGACGUGAACAGCGUGAGCUUCGGGAAAAAAGGCGACAGGCUAAGGAGGAGGAGCUGCAGAGGCUGCGGGCCUUGCAGGAGGAACGGGAGCGCAAGCUGGCGGAGCUGGAGCUCCUGAAGGAGGCGCAGAAGCAGGCUCAGGCCCUCCUGGAGCAGGAUGAGCAGAGGAGGCGCCAGCAACACGAACAGCUUCAGCGUGCCCUGGAAAUUCAGCUCCGUGAGGCUGAGGAGGCCCGAGUCAGUAUGCAGGCAGAGAUGGCUUUGAAAGAGGAGGAAGCAGAGAGGCAGAGGAAGAGGAUCCAGGAGUUGGAGGAGAUGCAGAAACGUUUGGAGGAGGCACUGCAGCAAGAGAUUAAAGCCAGGCUUGAUGAGGAGGCCUUCCGCUAUGCUCAAGCAGGGUUGUUGGCUGAGGAGGAGGAGAAAAUGAAGGCCCUGAUGAACCUGCAGGAGGAACAGGAGGAGUACAUCGCGAAGACACAGAGGGAGAAGCAGGAGCUGAAGCAGGAAAUGGAGGCCAAAUCCCGGGCCCUGGAGGAGGCACAGAGACAGCUGGAGGAGGUUCGAGCCAACCGGCACAGAGUUGACCAGGACGUUGUGGCCGCCCAGAGGAAACUUCGGCAGGCGAGCACCAACGUCAAACACUGGAAUGUCCAGAUGAACAGACUGAUGCGGCCGAUCGGACCAGGCGAGAAGAGACCAUCGCUGGGAAGCUCCUUCUCGAGCUUCCAGAUCCCGACGCAGCGAGACCCCGGGCUGCGUCUCAGAAGGAGUUCGGGAUCGGGGGAUCGGGAGGAGAGCAAAGAAAAUGUUGACAACAGAGCUGGAUGUGAUUUAGACAAACGUCACUCUAAUGCAUCUAAUGGCGACAUGGAUAUCCCCUAAAAUGAUGAGUCAUAGAGGCUGCCUCGUCACAGGAAGGGCAGGAGAUGGUUGUCAUGUUUGUGAACAAUAUGAAAGCGGCGGGGAUAUAGCUGAAUUUACCGUACUACCACGUCUACUAAAUGCUGAAAUAUUACUGACCUCGUAUCACAGACAGCAACAGUUUAAAAACAUUUUAACGAGAGUGCGUUUUCCAAUAUCUCCCCUUCUCAAAUAAUCCUUUUCUACCGCCUGUGUGAGGCCUGACGUGAACGUAACUGAUACCUCAGCGGAAAGAAAAUGAGCGGCAAGAAAGAUCCUGAAAGUAUAAGGUUAGCUCUGGUGUUCAAAGAGAAAAGCCUACACGCACACAGGAAGCUCAUUUUUGUGCAGCUCUGUAACUUAGACGGAUACCAAUGUUUCAUUUCUAUUGGUACAAUUUUCGAGGUUGUGGGAGGUGGCUUAGGUUUUUUUGAUCUAGAAACUUGGUUCAGUAUUAAAGUUUACCACAAUUUCACUCCUGAUAAACAGGAAAGAGAAAGAAGAGGCGUGAAAGAAAAAAAAACUGUCAUGAACUUCCUGUUUUUAAUGUCAUUUAACAUUACUGUAAAUAAAGAGA